CAUGACGUCACCGAUUAUUUCCCACGCUAGCGCCAUAUUGACUCCUGGUAAUCUACACGCAUCUUCAAGCACCAUCUGUCAAGUGUCUGACACCAAAAACUUAGACCUUCCAAACUGGUCUGUUCUGUUGGUGAGAGAACAGCGUGAUCAAUCAAUAUGGCUGAGACGACCCCCAAAUUAGCCAAUCAGAAGAACAAAGGUCCACGGCGGCCGCGCAGCGUGGUGUGGUACUACUUCGACAAGAUCCCCAACGAGCCGCAGCGAGCCAAGUGCAAGCUCUGUGGCGCCACCUGCCACCAUGCCAACAACACCUCCAACCUGUUCAAACAUCUGCGCGUGAAGCACCCCUCCACCUACAAGGAGGCCGAGUCCCAGCGAGAGGCAGAGAUGGAGCUGUACCUAGAGCUCAAGGCCAAAGCCGGGAAACCGGUGACCCGACCGGGGGUUAGAGGUCGGCGGCCCAAGGCGCUGGUUCAGAACGCGACAGCAGACGCCACCUACAUCUCGCAACAGCUCAACAACAGCAGCACGGCUGUGGCUGCGUCGGUCGGCCUGGGCAUCGCCACGCCGGGGAUCAAAAAGUCGUACGGUGCCGAGAGGGUGAAGCAGAACACAAACAAGGCGUUGUUGAAGAUGUUGACCGUUGACCUUCAGCCCGCGUCCAUCGUGGAGGGGAGGGGCUUCCGAGACUUUGUGAAGGCGCUUGACGUGCGCUACGAGCCGCCGUCCAAGAAAACCAUCAUGAAGACCAUGCUCAACGACCUCGCGGAGGAGACGAAGAACAAAGUGAAACUGGAGGUAGUCAUCGCGUCUUUCUUCGCCAUCACUGUGGACACCUGGAUGUACAGGGGCUCCCAGAACUUCAUCACGGUCUCCGCCCACUUCAUCAAGGACAACUGGGAGAUGUCGAGCAUCGUACUGGAGACCUUUGACCGCACCGACGAAGCCACAGGAGGAGAGACCAGCCCUCCGUCCAGUCAACUGGUCAAGCUGGAUGGCCUGCCGAGCCACACCCCCGGCAUGGUGACCCCCGGGAUCGUGCCCUCUGACCCCCUGAGCUCUUCUACAGAAGAGAAAUUUGUCACUGGCCCCGCCUCUUCCUCCAGCCCGGCUCACGGCAAAAGCGACGCGCUGGCACUCAGUCUGAAGCGCAUCACAGACGAGUGGAACAUCUCAGAACGCAUCAUCUCCCUCAUCUCCAACGGCACCGACAACACAGUCACCGCUGCGACGCUCAGCACGGGCUGGGAGCACCUGGUCUGCUUCGGCCACACGCUCAAUCUGGUCAUCAACAACGCCCUCAAGUCCGUGGCCGAGAUCGUGCGCAUCCAGAAGAAGACGAGCGACGCGGUUGGCUACUUCGAGACGUGCGUGAAGGCGUCGGACACGCUGUCGGCCGUGCAGCAACAACACAACCUGCCGGUGCACAAGUUGAAGCAGGAGAGCUCCAAGUUCUGGAACUCGACGUACGCCAUGUUUGUGCGCAUGGUGGAGCAGUACGAGGCGGUCAACACCGUGCUCUGCUUCCUCAGCAAAGACCACAUGUGUCUGUGUGACGACGAGGUCGAGCUCAUGCGGAGCGUCAUCGAGGUCCUCAAACCGUUCGAGGCCGCCACGCAGGAGAUCUGCACCUCAGGGUACACCUUCAUGUCCAAGGUCAUCCCCAUCGCGACCUUGCUGCAGCAGGUGACGGCGUCGGGGAUGGUCCCGCUGUCCGGGCCUCAGUCGGCGCUGAAGAGUGCGCUCCUCCAGCAGAUGCAACAGCAGUUCUCCAACUUCGAGAACUCGUACACGCUGGCCGUCUCCACGCUGCUCGACCCGCGCUUCAAGCGGCACGCCUUCACAGACAUGGCCGCCCUGGAGUCGGCGCAGCACCGCCUGCUAGGGGAGAUCACCCAGACAGUGCAGAGUGCCGAGCUCGCCGCCACCACCACCGGAGACAGCAACAGCUUCGGCACCGAUGCCACUGCAUCGUCUUCCUCGUCCUUCUGGAACAUGUUCGACCGUAAAGUGUCGGAGGCCGGCGCCAUGAAGAACACAGCCUCGGAGGCGGAGAACGAGAGCCGGCGCUACUUCAAGGAGGCCAACAUCCCACGCAAGGCCGACCCCCUGCAGUGGUGGAAGCUAAACGAGGUGCAGUUCCCCCACCUGAAGAUCCUGGCACAAAAGUAUCUGUGUAUCCCCGCCACCAGCGUCAGCUCUGACAGACUCUUCUCCAAACAAGGCCACCUGGUGGAGAUGAAGAGGGACCUCGUCAAGCCCAACCACCUGCACACCAUUCUCUUCCUCAACAAGAACUUGGCCUAACUCUCUCUCUCUCUCUCU